CAGCUUUUUCGUAUACGGUCAAUGGUUGUAGCCAUAGACUGUAUGCUUCACUUUUAUUUUGAAAGUACAAAUCGGAAACUUGUUUUGUGACGUCAUUGAGUUGACUUCGUAAGGACAGCAGGUCAGCGAUGGCCAACCUUGGCAUCAAACCAGGAGACCGAGUGCUGCUGGUGUGGGCGGAGCCAUCAGGACCUGCAGCCCUGAAAGCGUACGCAGAGGAAGUGGGGGCUGCUGUGGGUGCAGAGGGAAAAGUGUCGGUGGAAAACAUGGAGAUGCUGAUGAUUUCUGAAACCAGCAUGUCUGACCGGGUUCUGUUCCUGGCAGCCUCUCACCCCGUGUCCACCUAUGACUGGCUGCUCUCCGGCCUUCUGGCUGACAGCUCUUCCAUCCACAGCCCAGAGACUCUCGCAGAGAUGAUCAGAGUUCUCAAACCCGGAGGGAGGCUGGUCCUGGAAGAACCGGUUACAGCGACAGAAGCACAGAGUGUGAGGACUGCAGAGAAGCUGAUGUCGGCGCUGAAACUGUCUGGUUUCAUGUCAGUGACUGAGGUCAGUCGAUCUGAGCUCUCUGCUGCCGCGCUGAGCUCUCUCAGGGAGACCUCUGGUUACCAUGGAGACGGCGUGUCCCGAGUCCGGAUGAACGCCUGCAAACCCGACUACGAGGUGGGAGCGUCCAGCCAGAUCAAGCUGUCCUUCGGGAAGAAGAGCUCAAACGCAGAGAAACCUGCGCUGGACCCAAACACGGUGAAGAUGUGGACGCUGUCGGCCAGCGACAUGAACGACGACGACGUGGAUCUGUUGGACUCUGAUGCUCUGCUGGACGACGAUGACCUGAAGAAACCUGAUCCGGCGUCUUUAAAAGCUGCAGGCUGCGGGGAAGGAGGAGCCAAGAAAAAGAAAGCCUGCAAGAACUGCACAUGCGGCCUGGCAGAGGAGCUGGAGAGUAACGCCAAGCAGAAAGCCGAGCUGCCAAAGUCUGCCUGUGGAAGUUGUUACCUGGGCGACGCCUUCAGGUGCGCCAGCUGCCCGUACCUGGGGAUGCCAGCAUUCAAACCCGGAGAGAAGAUCGUCCUUGAUGACAACUCGCUGACGGACGCUUGAGUCUGUGGAGGCGCCGCUUCUCCUCCACACAUUCCCGUUUCUAUGGAAACCAGUCCACACUCAGAGACGACAGCAAGAUCUUCAUCUUCAUCCCUGUGAGGCGGAUCUGAUCUUACGGAUCACAUGAUCCACGGAGGAUAAAUUGGCUGAUGAGAGAGAGUGUCACUCAGACCAAAGCUCAGCGUUCCAGAAAGUUUCUUCCCGUUUACGUUUGUGUCUUCAUGAAACAUCACAGCAUCUGCAUUUCAUCUGGAUGAUGAUCCAUGUUUUACAAUAAACCAGAGAGGCUCAGUUUGAA